AUGGAUGACUCCGAGUAUCAGGUGUUACGCCUAAAACUUAGAGCUGUGGAGUUAAAUGUUGUCAACCUCUACUCCCCAAAUGACAAACCUCUAUCCCUUGACACGAUCCCAGUGCAGAACUCAAACGUCCUAGUCAUUGGCAACUUCAACAGCCACUCACAGAGCUGGGGAUAUGACCACAUAGACAGGCGGGGAGAAGAGGUAGAGUCCUGGCAAGAUGAUCACAACUUGUUGCUGAUCAACAACCCCGACGACAAGGACACUUUCUAUUCCAGACUUUGGCAUACCACUUCCACUCCUGAUCUUGGUUUCUGCACUGAAGACAUCCACGAGUAUUGCAAGAGAAUAGGACAGCAACUAGGCGGUAGCGAUCGCCGUCCUAUUCGCACUGAAGGCAGGGACAUCAACAAAGUCACAAAGGACUUCAAUGCAGCCCUACUCCAGGCAGCCAAAAAAUGUAUUCCUAGAGGUUCCAGGAGAGAUUACAAGCCAUACUGGAACAAGGAUCUAGAGGGCCUUCAGGAGGAGUUGUCAGAAGCCAGGCGAGAGGCUGAAACACAACCGUCUCAAACCAACAACAUAAAACUCCAAAAGGUAAAGGCCAAGUUUCUGAGAGCAAAGAUCCAGGCCAGAAGAGAGAGCUGGAAAGAAAAAACUGCCUCACUCAAUUUAGAAAGAGACAGUACAAAGCUUUGGAAACUUACACGGCAAUUGGAUGAUGAAGGCGGAAGCGAAAGAGGCACUACAUCUGUAGAAGAAAAUGGUUCUCUGUUGACUGGAAAACAGACUGCAAAUAAGUUUGCUGAAAACUACGAAAAAGUAAGCAACAUCACAGUCAACAGAGGACGGCAAAGAGAAGUUAGAAGGGAGGAAAGAGAGAGAAGAUCCAAAAAGUCCAAGGAAGAAGUGAUGGAAACAAGCCUCACACUAAAUGAGCUACUUACAGCACUGAAGAAGCUCAAGGCCAAGAAAUCACCAGGACCAGACCACAUCACCAAUAUGAUGCUGACCCAUAUGGGAAGUUUUGCUACGAAAACACUUCUAGAUGUCUUCAAUCUGAGCUGGAAGGAGGGGGAAACUUCCACAGGUCUGGAGGGAGGCGAUCAUGGCACCUAUCCUAAAACGUGGAAAGGACAAAAAGAAAGUAGCCAGCUAUCGCCCUAUUAG